AUGGAGCAAGAUCUACCUCGACCACCUAUCGUGCGGGUGCCCACUACAGAAACAAGGUACAUGCAAAUGUUAUUACACCUUGAUCGCAUACCACGAGUUUACAACUUCCUUGCUGGAGUAUUUACAUGGAUUCUGCUGGCCAGUUUUCUGAUCAUACCCGGUACAUAUACGAGUUUCAAGAAUAGCGAUAUGUUUAAGAACCUUGAAGAGGAUGACGAUAAGAGUAGCGCCAUUGCGAAAGCGAUUAUUGAUUCGGCGGCUAAUGUUGGCCUAUUGUGGUUGAGCGGCGCAUUCUGCAUUAUUGGAGGCACUGGCUGUCUUUUCUUAUGGCUGAGAUGGAGGAAGAAUUAUGUCUGGCUAGUGAACAAGGUAUUUUUGCCAGCUAUGCUCAAUUCAGUAGCAGGCUUGCUCACCACGAUCGUCAAUGUCUACACGGCACAGAAGGGAGUUUGGAGCGUCACUGCCAGGAUCACGGCUAUUGUGACUGGCUGCUUGAUAGCAGUUGCUGGUGGGCUCUGGGGCGCUUACAAUUUCUGGAUACUUGAAAAGGUUCGAGAUGCACAUGAGGCAGCUUACUAUCCUGACGAGAAGCGAGACAACGUGUAA